GUCUGUCUGUCCGUCUGUCUGUGUCUCUUCACAUUCAUGGUGCGAGGCUCUUCUUGUGGCUUCGCAUGCCCCUCAUGCUCAUUCUGCUCGCUGUGCCGUCGAUGAACGAAGAAGCUGGGUCCUCACAGGGCGGGACGACGGGCGGCGAUGGACGGCCCGCGCACUUGGCGGCUCUCUCGUUCAUAAUCUCCUUGACCUCCUUCUCCUGAAUGCACAUACACACCACCAACACAUACAUACACACAGGUGACACGAGAGAUGAGUGACAUCUAUGACAUGUCAUUCACCUCUUUCCUUUUGAGUUGCUGUUCCUUCUUUCUGGCGGCCUGUUCCUCUAUUUGUGCCUGCUCCUCCUCUGCCGCCUCUUCAUCCUCAGCCUACACACACAGACAGACACACGGCGAUGCAUAAUUGUGUCUCACUCUCUCUCCUGUGUGUGGUUUGUUUGUUCACCUGGAUUAUGUCUUUGAUGUGCUGUUCCUCCUUCCUUAGUUGCGCCUUGAGGCUGGCGUCGUGAGCUGCCAACACGCGCUCCUCUUCACGCGUCUUCUCCUUCUAAACCACACACACACACACACAGAGACACAGACGGAUGACGGCUGACUGUCUGUGUGUAUCUGUCCAUGUGUGUGACCUCAGCGGCCAGUUGUUUGUCGUGCAUCUGCUUGUCGGCCUCGAGCUGGUGCUCGAGUGCGAUUGCCUUGCGCUUGUAGUCCGCGGUGCGUGCCCUGGCCGCGUCUGCCUUGCGUGCCUCUUUGUCAUGGAUGAUGGCUUCUUUGGCGCGACGGUCGGCCGCACUCUCCGCAUACAGAUCCUCAGACUCACUCGCCAACUCGUCUACACACACACAGAGAAACAGAGAGAGACACACAGACAGAUGUCUGGAUGGGUCGAUGGAUGGAUGGAUGGAUGGAUGUGUGUGCAUACCGGCGAUAGCCUUUUCGGUGUCCGGUGCUGCUCCGCCGGCCUCGUUGAUGCCGAUUUUGGCACCGUUGACUGUGAUGCUGAAGGGCGGGUUGGCGGCCGCAGUGGCGCGAGACACGACACACACAGACAGGAGCAACAGGACGGUCAUCGCAAGUUUCAUCAUCAUUAUGAUUUUGACGGCAGCUUAAUGAGAGUGAAUGACGAUGACGCACUGAUCGUCAAUUGAUCGAUCAAGGGACCGAUGCUGUCUGUAUUCCUACAGUCCUGUGUACAUACAUGUGUGCACACAUACAGCUUGAGAUCUGCGGUGCCUCUGCUGACACGGACAUUCCACACAAUUAAUGCGACCGUCGCAGCUAGGCAACGAUGAGUGGGACAUCCAUCCAGUGCACCCAUCCAUCCGACACACGAUGCACCACCCGUCCAUGUACGCAGCUGUCGCCUAUACCGCGCUGCUGCUGACGGAACGAGGAGACAGAAUCUGCCAG